ACAGUCCGGCUGCGACAAAAAAACAAAUUUCCACCUCACCGGCACACUGUCGUGAACAACUAGCGCUGUCCGUUGCCCGCUACCUAUCCACUGUCCACUGUGUCCGCUGUCUGCUGUGCGCUGUGUUGGCUUCCAAGGUUCUAUCUAGCUGCUGCCACUGUUCCCUCUUUUAUCCCCAGUCCCAACCAAACCUCCAACCUCGUCAACAUCGCAAUCAAUUCUCCCCCCCGCCUCUCAACUCCCCAACCCUCUCUCUACGUCUAUCUUCCUGCGCCUUUGGUCGUCAAUCGCCAAAAACACACAUUGCCCAUCAUGUCUGUCCCGGCUUUCGCUGAUAUCUCCAAGUCCGCCAACGACUUGCUGAACAAGGACUUCUACCACCUCUCUGCUGGCACCAUUGAGGUCAAGAGCAACACCCCCAACAAUGUUGCUUUCAAGGUCACCGGCAAGAGCAGCCACGAGAAGGCCACUAGCGGUGCUCUCGAGGGCAAAUACUCAGACAAGUCGCUCGGCCUCACUUUGACCCAGACGUGGAACACAGCCAACGCUCUCGACACCAAGAUCGAGCUUGCCGAUUCUUUGGCCAAGGGCCUCAAGGCUGAGACCGUCUUCUCAUUCCUCCCCGCCAGCAACAACACUGGUGCCAAGCUCAACCUUACCUUCAAGCAGUCCGCCUUCCACGGCCGUGCCUUUUUCGACCUCCUAAAGGGCCCCACUGCCAACGUUGAUGCCGUUAUCGGCCACGAGGGUUUCCUCGCUGGUGCCUCGGCUGGCUACGACGUCCAGAAGGCUGCCGUCACCGGCUACAGCGCCGCCGUCGGCUACGUUGCUCCCCAAUACAGCGCUGCCAUCACCGCCACCGACAACUUGAGCGUCUUUGCUGCCAGCUACUACCACAAGGUCAACAGCCAGGUCGAGGCCUCUGCCAAGGCUGUCUGGAACUCCAAGAGCGGCAACACUGUCGGCCUCGAGGUCGCCAGCAAGUACCGCCUCGACCCUCUCUCCUUCGCCAAGGCCAAGAUCAACGACCGUGGUGUUGCUGCCGUUUCCUACAACGUCCUCCUCCGCCCCGGUGUCACCGUUGGCAUUGGUGCCUCUUUCGAUACCCAGAAGAUUGACCAGGCUACCCACAAGGUUGGUACUAGCUUCACCUUCGAGAGCUAAAUGAUUUAAAAAGAAAAAACGGAUAGACGACAGUGAUUUAGGGGUUUUAUUCUUAGAUAGGAUGAAGACCCCGGGGAAUAAAAAAAUCACUAAUACCCCCUUUUGCCCACCGUGUAUCUUAUAUAAACCAGGCAGGUCUCGUUGUAUUCCUAUCAGCGACCUCUCUUGAUUGUAGACUAGAACGGAGCAAUAACGAAG